AUGGCUGAAGUCAAUGAAGAGCAGCCCCAAGCAGCGGAAGAGGAGGAGGUGGGCGAGGAGGUGCAGUUGCCAUUUGGAAAGCGUUUCAAGCGAACACUUGACAGCGAUGAGGAGGAUGACGAGCUGGAGGAUGCCGACAAGUAUCGCAUGGACGAGUUUGAAGGGACGGAAAAAUCGACCAUUGAAUUUGAUGGCGACAUCAAAAUCACACCCUUCAAUAUGGACGAAGAGCUGGAAACGGGCCACUUUGACACUGAAGGGACGUACAUCUUUAAAAAGGAGGACGACAUUCGCGACAACUGGCUGGACAAUAUUGACUGGGGACGGGUGCACAAACCUGAGGAGGAAGCACCAUCAACGGCCAAAAAGGGUGCUGAGGCUGAAACUGGCGGAGAUCAGCCCCGGCCGAGCACUGAGGAGAUGCACAAACAAAUCAUUGAGCUGCUUCGACCUGGAGAGACAAUUCAACGGGCAAUACAGAGGUUCGGCAAGGACUGUCCAAAGGUGAAAAAGGGUUCCAAACAACGGAAGGUGGAGACUGGUGGCAAUAAGAGCAGCACUGACGAAAGCAAGAUUGCAGCCGCCAAAGAGAGCAUCAUGAAGCUCACCUCCAUUGCUGAUGAGUUUCUUCGCUCAGGCGACAUGGACAUUUACGAGCGCCGUUUUGAGGAGUUUCAACUCAAUCUCAAUCGAAGCAAGGCCACCGCCGCCACUGCUGCCAAAGAACCGGCGCCCAGCGAUGACAUGUUCAGCGAUGACUUCAUUCCAUCGACAUCGAAACCAACAACUUCAACUGCUGCCAAAUCAGCAGAUCCACAGACUUCUUCCUCGACGGUCACCUGGCAGUUCAAGUGGGAGGACAAAGAGGACGCCCCCAUUCACGGACCCUUUCAGAGCGAAGCAAUGCAGGCCUGGGUAGACAACGGUUACUUCAAAGAGGGCGUCUUUGUUCGGCGCUCCGACGCCGAGGAUGCUCGCUUCUACAGCUCCAAACGCAUCGACUUUGACUUGUACAUCUAA